AUGCCACAGGCUUCUCGUAGCAAUGCUCGCCAUGAGAGCAAGGACGCCCAAAAGGCUAUCGAAAAGGAGCAGAAGCGAAGCCGCGGUGCGAUGUCUUGUGCAGAGUGCAGGAGAUUGAAACUGAAGUGCGACAAGACCGUACCGUGUUCCUCGUGUAAGCGCAGAGGAUGUUCUGCAAUUUGUCCCAACGGUGUUCUUAUCACGGGGCAAGGCACUCGCUUCGUUCUCGCUGACACUGAGAAAUUGCACCAAAAGAUUGCACAAAUGAGCGAUCGUAUUCGCCAACUCGAAGAUGCCCUUACAAUCAUGCAGUCCAGUACUACUAACGAGCCUCACCCUCUUCUUCAUAGGGAACUCCUCGGAAUAAAAUCCAUCAUAGAUUUGCAUGCUGCAGUUGAUGAGAUUCAAGCUAGCAGAGAAAGCCAGGAAGCUGACGUUAAUUCGCAAUAUAUCGAUGCUUUCGGCACACUUGCUAUUCGUGAUGAUGGUGCAGCUACCUUCUACGGCCCUUCAGCCGGUUCAGAAAACUCUGAUUCAAAUCAAGUACCGGGCCGACGUACGAUCCCAUCUCAAAGGUUUUCCCCCAAGCAAGAGCUACCGACUAAUGUGAAGCGUUUGACCACCGCCUUCCCACUCUCGCCAACUGUCGGCACAGAUACUACCGUCGACCUUCUUUAUCUCAUCGAACAUCAUCUCCCUGCCUGGCCUCAUGCACAUCGUUUGUGUAAACUGUAUCUGGAGCAGGCGCCAUGGUUUUUCGGAGCUGUCACAAAACGCGAACUUGUCGAGGAGACGUUACCACUGUGGUAUACUGAGGCAUCAGACUUAAUACCCCUUGGUUCUGUUGCCCCUCAACAACGUAGUGCUGAUAGUGUAGAUGACAACUCUUCUGAAAAUUUGGCAAAGGGUCCCCACGAACUCGCACUGAUGUUCAUGAUUCUCUGCUUUGGCGCCUUGACGGACAUCGACCUCCCUGCUGCACCAGACAACUCGGAGGCAGAUAUGUAUUUCCAAUUGACAAGGGCUGCGUUAAAUUUGGAACCGAUAUUAGAACGCCCACCAUCUAUUGCCACGGUGCAAACAUUGUCGUUGAUGGCGAUAUAUCAAGGUAUAUGUAGUGGUGAACAUAGUAUUGAAAGUACUUGGGCAACCUUUGGCCUCGCAACGAAAUUAGCCCAAAGUGUGAAUCGAGAUUGUGCGCGGUGGAAACUGUCUCCGGCUGAAGUACAAAAAAGACGCGCUCUAUUCUGGGAACUAUUUAUCACGGAUUGCUGGCAAAGUCUAGCGACCGGCAGGCUUGCUUCCUUCUCUUUGCCUUACGUAGACUGCGAGUUGCCAUCUGAUCCAGACGAGAAGCUUGAUGAACAUGGCGCUAUUAUCCCUAGCUUUCCUUCAUGGAAGGCACGCUUUGGAUACGAGUGUGUUUCUGCUGUUGUGAAAAACACUUUAACAGCCAAAGUACCCAAGUACUCUGUUAUCGUGGAGCUCGAUCGAAAAAUCCGUGACAUGGCGCUACCUAAGUACGCUCAAGGCGUACCUCCGACGGGUGCUGGGUUGGCAGACACGAUGUCCCAUUUUAUGCCGAUAAACUAUAGACAUUUGACACUCCUAUAUGUCCAUCGCUGCUUUUUUGCUGAAGCUGUGAGCAGCAGUCCUACGGACCCGAUGAAGAGCCAAUAUGCACCAUCGUUCCUUGCGGGUUAUCGUAGUGCGAGCGAGAUUCUCACUAGCCUUCGAACAGCAUUUUCCAUGUUCCCGCGACAAAUUGCGCGCUUCUGGGUGUUGUGGACACAUGCGUUUUCAUCUGCCGUCAUGCUCGCCUCCGUUGUAACCCAUGCAAUCGGUUCUGGUGCCAAGUCUAAGAUCACGUCGGCAGCGCUGCUAGAGCUCAGAAUGGCGGUAGACCUAUUUGAAAUGGCCUCGGUACAUGGUGGCAGAGCGGUCAAGUUUCUGCCUAUACUUCAACGUCUGCUUCAGAAAGCCCAAGAAAUCAACAGUAAUGCUCAGCCUCCUGUGGUUCGCAACGACAUGUUCUCGCCGACACCUUCUGACGACAACAAGGACGAACUGUACAUUUUCAGCGGGCAGACACAUACGGUUGCUACGAAGGUACACCCCCCUACAGUCUCGUCUCGGUCUUCGCAGUACUCUCCGAGCCAGACAUCAUCUAAAGCGUCCACCCCUUCGGCGUCGUCGCAACAGAACUACGUCAACUUGCAUCCUACACUAGUCGACCAGUGGAAUGGUUUCGAAGGCCAUCUGAAUACGCAGAUAUACAACGCGCAACAGGUGUUCUACAAUGAUUCCCACCAGGUAUAUCAUGAUCAUGCUCCUGUGGCGGAUCACCGACAGCAUGCGUUAGUGCCUCCGGUUUCGCAGGCUGUGCCGGAGACGUACUACAACCAACAUAGUUACGAUCAAGAGCACUCGUACCCUCAACACCAAACCAGUUACGAAACGUCUCCGCCGGCCCAUUCUUCGCACUCGCAAUACAGCGGGGUCCCUGCUGUUUCUGUUCAACCAGCUAACGACCAGUACUGGUCUCCUCCCCAGCACAAGCACCAAGAUCAACAAUAUCAGAACCAGCAGUAUCAAGACCAAAACCAACAGUACCAAACUCAACAAUAUCAGGGCCAGGAAUAUCAAGGUCACCAGUACCAGGACCAACGAUACCAAGAUCACCAGUAUCAAGACCAUCAGUAUCAUGGCCAUGGUCACCCACAACAACCUCACGACCACGUUCAGUACCAAACAUACAACAACUACGGUCACCAACCUCAACCUCAACAACAGCAACAACAAUCUCAGCUCUACCCAGCCCCUCAAGGGCCAGUCUACGGUGGCCUUCCGCCAGAUCACCAGAGCUUACAAGAAACAUGGCAGUCGUUCAUGUACACUGUCAAUUCUCCACGUCCUACUUGAUGGGUUUUUUUUGUUGACAUUGGACAAUUUCGUGAUGGGGUCAUAUUUAGUUUAUCGUUUUUAUCUAUGCAUUUUCUCUCUCAGAACCUGUGCUACGUUUUCUUGUUAUCCGUUUUGUCAAAUUUGUCUGGCUUUCGUUUGCAUCGCAUCACCCUUUUCCACACAUGCAUAGUUAUAUUCUCAUCUCUCGUGAUCUCGUUAUAUAUUUAUAGGGUCUUUACAGGUUAAAUCAAUGGCAUGUUUGUUGCUUGGUG